UCAAAGCCGUUCAGAGCCUAGAUCACUAAUAAAGGCUAUGGCGGCCAAGGCUUUUCUUCGUUUCUUCCUUGCUCUUCUUUCUUGCAGCAUUGCAGCUGCAUCCCGCAGCCCUGGCCCUUCCCGUAGCCUCCUUCAAGCUGCUGCUCCUGCCACUCCCUCCGCCGGGGCUGCUCCUGCCUCUCCUAUCGCCGAAGCAGCUCCAACAAAUUCUGUCUCUCCUGCCAUUCCCCCGGCCGGGGCCGCACCUGCCAUCACCACUGCCGGAGCUGCUCCUGCAAUUCCUCCAGCGGGGGCUACACCUGCAAAUACUACCGCCGGUGAUGCUCCUGCGGGGACUGCACCUGUCAACACCACCGCCGGUGCUGCUCCUGCCGCUCCCGCAGGUGCUGCUUUUGCUCGUGCCGCUCCCGACGCUUCUGGUCUAACAGUUUUCGACGUCACAACCUUCGGUGCAAAGGCCGAUAACAAGACGGACAAUGUCAUGGCAUUCAUGCACGCGUGGAUCGCGGCAUGCAAGAACAGCACCACACCCUCCAAGGUAUUGAUUCCAGCUGGAGCAUUCGUAGCAGGCCCAACAGUGUUCGCAGGCCCAUGCACUAGCCCAAAGCCCGUAACGGUUGAAGUGCUCGGGAACAUAGUGGCCACCACAGACCCAUCGGAAUACGUGUCUCCCGAAUGGUUCACCUUUGAACGCGUUGACGGACUCGUGGUUACCGGCAACGGAACUUUCGAUGGCCAGGGUGCCGCUUUAUGGCCCUUCAACGAUUGCCACGGAAAAUCCACCCAGUGCGCCUCCCUCCCUUCGUCCUUGAAAUUCAAUGCAGUGAGUAAUGUGAUCGUGAAUGGCAUUAGUUCCGUGAAUCCCAAACAAUUCCACUUCCAUCUCCACGAAAGCAGUAAUUUCUCGGCCAGCUAUCUGACGAUUACAGCCCCCGGGAACAGUCCGAAUACUGACGGAAUGCACAUUGGGUCCACCACUUCGGUGACUGUGUCGCAUAGCGUUAUCGGAACGGGCGACGACUGCAUCUCCAUCGGAGAAGGGUCGAACAAUGUGACCAUCUUCAACAUCACUUGCGGACCAGGCCACGGAAUCAGCGUGGGAAGCCUGGGGAAGAGGCCGGACGAUAAAAGCGUGAACGGGGUUUCCGUCACGAACUGCACAUUCAAAGGCACGACCAACGGUGCGAGAAUCAAGACCAUGGUGGGGAGCAAGCCGGGGGAGGCCAAGUCGAUCUUGUAUCAGGACCUUGUGAUGGAAAACGUGAGCAACCCGGUGGUGAUCGAUCAGAGCUACGGCACUGCCAAAGUGAGGUUCCAGUCAAAUUCCUUGUGGAAGAUCAGCGACGUCCAUUUCAAGAACAUAAAGGGAAGCACGCCCAGUAACGCCGCGGUGUCCUUGGAUUGCAGCAUCAAGAAUCCUUGCGAAGGUGUCGAAGUGGCGGACGUUGAUCUGACUUUCAUCCCGACGCGCCGCAACACAACGUUCUUUUCCACGUGUGCCAAUGCUAAAGCUACCUUUACGGGCACCCUGAACCCGCCGGCCUGUGCCGCGUGAGUCUUUUUUUUUUUUGGGGCGUGCGUACGCAGCUGAGGGCUUUCAUCCAUGUAUCUCUAUAUUUAAUUUUCCGAUACAUUUAGAUCGGUCCUGGACGCAGAAUUUUUAUUUAUUUUGCUAAAUAGAUGCGUAGGCUAAGAUAUAUUAGUCUUGGUCUGGCCAUCCUCCAUGGAGCCUCAUGUGAAUAACGAUAAGUUUCUCCAUUUUUUAUGAAACCUCUUCUUUAUGUUA